CCCGAUCCGCUUAGAUCCGCUCCGAUCCGCUCCGAACCACGUCGAGCCGAGCUGAUGCGCGCCGAACCGAGCGGAACCAAGGCGAAGGGAGCGAAACAGAGCCGAGCCGAGCCGAACCGCACCGCACGGCUCCGCACCCCCCCGAGCCCCACGGCGCUCUGCCGGUGCUGCGCGGGGCCGGCCCGGUCUCGUCCCGCCCCGCUCCGGACGUGCGGCCGCGCACGCCCCGCCCCGCCGGGAGGGGCCCCGGCACCCCCCGCACCCCCGGUAGCUCCCGCACCCCCGGCAGCCCCCGCUCCGGGAUGCGCCGCCGGGCUCGACCCGCCCCGGGGCCCUCCGCCCGACCAUUCCUUGUCCCACCCUUCUUCCGUGCUGUACUGGCGCCUGGCGGGCUUUGGGCUCGUCCUCCCCCUCCGGGCUGCGGCUGCUCGGGCCGCCGUGGUUAACCGAGGGGACCGCAGGGCGAGGUGACACAGGAAGUGCGCUCCAGGUAUGGCACACAACACCUUCUGGCACAGCAGAAGGGAGCAGGAGGUGUUUCCUGGGCUGGGCCACCUCCAGGUCCCGCUGGG